AUGAAGGGCGUCCUCGUCGCUGGUAUCACUGCAGUGCUUGUGGUUGCAGCUGUAGAAUCUCUGAGCUGUGUGCAGUGUAAUUCAUGGGAACGAUCCUGUGUCAACAGCACUGCCUCUGAAUGUCCCUCGCACGCCAACACCAGCUGUAUCAGCUCCUCAGUCAGCUCCUCUCCAGACCCUCCCCAGAAGAAUGUGUCCAGCAAUGCAGAGUGCCUUGCUUGUUAUGCAUCUAAUGGAACUUCCUGUCAUGAGAAGCCCUGGACAUGUUCUGAAGAAGAGCAGUGUGUCUUUCUAGUUGCAGAAUUUAAGAAUGACACUGAGUCUAACAGUCUCGUGGUGAAAGGCUGUUCCAAUGUCAGUAACGCCACCUGUCAGUUCCUGUCUGGUGAAAAUAAGACUUUUGGAGGAGUCAUCUUUCGAAAGUUUGAGUGUGCAAACGUAAACAACUUAACCCCCACGUCUACGCCGACCACUUCCCACAACAUGGGCUUCAAAGCUUCCCUCAGCCUCUUGGCCUUUGCCAGCCUCCUUCUGCUGGGACUGUGGCCCUGAGGUCCUGGGGCUGCACUUUGUCCAGCACCCCAUUUCUGCUGCUCUGAGGUCCAGAGCACCCCAUGGGGUGCUGACACCCUCUUUCCCUGCCCUGCCCCAUUUAACUGCCCAGUAAGUGGGAGUCACAGGUCUCCAGGUAAUGCCGACAGCUGCCUUGUUCUCCAUUAUUAAAGCGCUGGUUCAUUCACUGCCCAAA